AGUAGAAAAAAAAGUGAAUUAGUGAAAGAAAGAAAAUAAGAGAGAUAAGAAAUGAAUGGCGGAAGACAAUGACGUGAAAGCGAGAGAAAGAAAAAAGAAAACAAGUGAAGAAAAUAUCAAAACAAUCGUGAAAAGAAUACAAAUAAAACAACAAAACAAAGACAAACUAAGAAAAAAAUUGAUACUGGGGAACAAAAACGAUGAAUAAUAGAAUGCACGUAAACAACAAAGAAACAAAACAAUAAAAACAACAAGUGUGGAAAUCAAGGAGGAAUCUGAAGAAAACAAAUAAAACAACAAAACAAAGAGAAUUAAGAAAAAAAAUGAUACUGGGGAACAAAAACGAUGAAUAAUAGAAUGCACGUAAACAACAAAGCAACAAAACAAUAAAAACAACAAGUGUGUGAAAAGCAAGGAGGAAUCAUUUGAAACACGCGAAACGAAACUCAAACCUCCACGAAACUCAAACUUGGAUCACUCACACGCCCCAAACACAGCCUAAUCAAACAAUGGCGUCCACUACCACUACCACCUUCCUGGCAAGUUACCUGAUAUCCUCCAAUGCCGGAAUAGGAGGAGGAGGAGGAGGAGGAGGAGGAGGAGCAGGAGGAGGAGGGGGACUGGGAGAAACAGAUCCCCAGCAGUACGAUAUCCAGCUCAACAUCACCUAUUCGGGGUUCGACUGGGAUAACCUCAACCUGACAUAUCCCAACUCGCCUUUCCUCGGAUUCGACGAUGAGACCAGUUUUCCGCGCCAUCCAGGCUUCACCACACACCCCUACAACAUCACCACCACGGAGGCUGAUGACCUGUAUGAAGUACCGACAGGCAUUGUGGUGUUGCUGUCGCUGUUCUAUGGGUCUAUAUCCCUGGUCGCGGUGGUCGGCAACGCGCUGGUCAUGUGGAUUGUGGCCACGUCGAGAAAGAUGCAUUCCGUCACGAAUUACUUCAUUGCCAACCUUGCUCUGGCGGACAUCAUCAUCGGCCUGUUCUCCAUACCCUUCCAGUUCCAGGCCGCCUUGCUACAGCGCUGGAAUCUGCCCCCGUUCAUGUGCGCGUUCUGCCCAUUCUUCCAAACCGUGAGCGUCAAUGUGUCUGUGUUCACGCUCACCGCAAUCGCUGUGGACAGAUACAGAGCCAUCGUGUUCCCGCUCAGCGCCAGGCCGUCGAAAUUCAGGAGCAAGGUGGUGAUCCUGUCCAUCUGGCUGUUCAGCGUCACCCUGGCCGUGCCCAACGCCAUCGUGCCCAGGGUCAUACAGAAGAUGAACCCACGCACGGGGGAGCUCAAGCCUGUCUGCGAUAUGGAGGGGAUGGACCCAGUCGUGAUGCGGACGUACUCUCACAUCAUGGUCGGUCUCCAGUUUUUCGUACCCUUGUCCGUCAUCUCCUUCGCCUACCUCCGCAUGGGUUGGCAGCUGUGGGGCGCGCGGACCCCUGGAAACGCCGAAGAUGCCCGCGACGCCCACGUGCUGAGGAACAAGAAGAAGGUAAUCAAGAUGCUGUUCAUUGUGGUCGCGCUCUUUGCCUUCUGCUGGGCGCCGCUACAGAGUUACCACAUCCUGCAGGAGAUAUACCCCGACAUCAAUGAGUAUCGCUUCAUCAACAUCAUCUGGUUCUGCUGUCACUGGCUGGCGAUGAGUAACAGCUGCUGCAACCCCUUCAUCUACGCCAUCUACAAUGAAAAGUACAAGAGGGAGUUUCGGAGGAAGUUUCGUUGGUUCUUUCAAGACGAGACGGGCGGCGAGGCGAGUGACUGCGAGCGAAGCAGAAACCAGAUGUCGCUGAGGUUCACGAGGGAGCGUCUGGGAGGCGAUAACCGCUCCUUCCGUACUGAGGCGACGACCUUAAACGGAUCUGCUCGGACGGGGGGCGCGAGGCCCGGUGGUCGAGCCUUCCUGGUGUCUCCCUCGCGCCCCUCCAGCUGCGAUGCCCCCCCCGCCCCCCUCGCCGCCCCCCUCGUCCCCCUCCCCACCCCCCGCCCCCCACAGCAAGAGGUUCACGUGUGCGCCCCCCUCAUAGCCCCCUCGCACCUACACCCCCCAGUUUGUCGGGGGAGGGGCUGGGGUGACACGCAGAUUUAAAGUGGGGUGAAGGUUGGGGGGUGAAUGGGGGGGGUGUAGUGGUCCCCCCCCCCUUCCCCCCCUCUCCC